GAUCCAGCCUGUCGAAUUGGUAAGGCUUUAAGUCUGAAUAUGAGAAUAUUAUGCGAAUGUGCGUAAUUUUUGUUCUUCGAUUAUGCAUUAAGUAUAUUUGUGCGUUUAAUUAUUUGCUCUGCAGACUGAUUAAUAUUAAUUCUGUUGUUUUUGCAAAGUGUUUGAAAAGAGGGUUGAUUACCAUAGGGUGGUAUUAAAUAUAUUUUGUUUGAAAAUGGAUAACGACGAAGAGGGGAAGUGUGUGGCGGAUAAAGCGAACAGUGAGAUCAGUGUGAAACAGGAGGAAGACGCCGAGACUAUUAAGAACUACGCUGAGCAUACUAUGAACGAAUUGCUGGGACUCUUCGGGUAUGACGAUAAAGUUAACAGCCGCGAUACGGAGAACCUGAACCUCGACAACUACGCCGACAAGGAGGACGAGACUAGUGACGUCAUCGAUGACGUUAAAUGUGACAAGCGGAAGUCAACUGCUGCUAGGCUGAAAUCUCGUCUUCGACAUCGUUUGUAUCCGGCUUCGAGCGGUUCGUUGGCCCGCCAUCAUAUGAAUCUGAUCAACACACAGACGCACAAAGAACCAACAGUUCAAUCGGGCGAGACAGACACCGGAAGUAACGACGAAGCAUCCUCAGACCAGAAGCAGUGUUCUUGGUGCCAUAAAUAUGCGAACCAUCAGCUGAAACUAGACACGCCGUCGGGAAACCGGGAAUUCUGCAGCGAGCAAUGCUUCACCCAGUGCCGACGGGCAUCGUUCAAGAAGAGCAAGUCAUGUGACUGGUGCAAGCACGUGCGGCACGCGCUGAACUACGUAGAAUUCACCGACGGAGAAACACAGCUGCAGUUCUGUAGUGAAAAGUGUUUGAAUCAGUACAAGAUGAGUGUGUUUUGUCAGGAGACGCAGGAGCUAUCAGGUAGACUUGAAAAAACUGACGGUAAAGGUGAAGUGGUUUCCUGUGGUGACCGGAAGUUCCGGGAGAAGAUUUUGAUUACUCCGGAUCUUUGGUUAGUAGGUCGAGCCGCGGAGGCCAGGGAAACGGCGCGAGAGAGGGAGAGACUUGAGCGGGAAAUGAGGAGAGACGGUCCAUUGCGAACCUCGAGUGCGCAUGAUCAGACUCUUGAUUUGUCGUUGAAGGUACACACGCGAGAAGAGACAAAAGACCGGUCACAAACUCACAUUGAACACGCCAAACACGAUUCAUGUUCAAAAAGAAAUCGGACAUCGGCGCUAAAUGACAGUGAGAAGUCUAGUGUUGAGCGGCCGGAUGUUCAGCGCUCGCCCGCACAUGAUAUGACUGGGGGAAUUCCGCCUCAUCUUCUGCAUCCACUCAUGGCUGGUAUGGCGCCUUGGUUACAACACGCACAGUUCCUCGGCUCCCUGCCGCCCGGUAUGAUGCAAUAUGGACAAAUGCUGGCAGCAUACACACCGACGCCAAAUCAAAACCAAGACGCCAACAAAUGCAGCGUCAUGAAAUCGAAUGAUAAACAUUUUAAACAGGAUCAGACUGCUGCGUCGGCACUAUUGACUCCUAAUAGAGCGGAAGUGAAUCACGCACCGUCAGUGUCACCCAGACGAGAGCAUCGGAACUCACCACUUCCGGACAGGCGUACAAGUAGCUUGUUCCCCGUCGACUUUCCUCAUUUCUUACAAAAUGGCGUCCUUCCAGGCCCAUUUCCGGCGCCGGCUGGCCACUCUUUUCAGUCCCUUCCCGGCAUGCCACCUGUCACCAUGAUGUUUCCCUUUCCAGUAAUUCUCCCGCUUCCUGUACCUAUCCCUAUACCGAUACCAAUGACCGUCAAACAACUUGCCACAGCAUUUGGGCAUAAACUGGAGGAACCUAAAACCAUUUCUAUUAAAACCGAGGACGACUCAAUCUAUGGCACAAAGUCACCCGUCUGCCAUCAAAAUUUAAGUCCACACUCCAGUAUAUCGUCGGUCAGCGAUAUCAGUCCAAGAGAACGAUACCAGGUGCGUUCCGGUAGUCGAAGCUCGUGUCCCGAUAUGACGUAUGUACGACGUCAUACCCGGGAAACAUGCACCGAGCACAACUUCAUGAAGCGUUCACUGACACACGAGUCGCUCGACUUGUCUGUGAAGUCGAAGAUUCCGAAGUACGACUGUUCUUCUUUCACCUCCGACGAGGACGGUGUUAUUGAUUUGUCCGCUUACCGCGAAAACGGACACAAAUCAGACGACACGAGUUUCGAACCUGUUGCAGAGAACGGUGCCUCGAUCGACGACGGAAGCCGGUCACCGGAGAGUAAAGAGGAAGGAGAGGUCGCGUCAGUCCCAAAAAUUCACAUUGUUACCCAUAAAGACGAGACGCCACUGAACGCGCCACUUCCGCUUCCGCCGACGGAGCAUCCAUACUCUUCACGGCGUGGUUUGAUACUCGACGCUCCCGCCGUUUCUAAGAAAUCGAGGACACCGUCACCUGAGCGAAGGGUGUACGUCCGGAAUGUACCGCGUGACAUAAUAGAGGCCGCAAGACGGCGCUGUAGCUAUAGAACGAGGAUACGAACAAAAUGAAGUUAGGGAAAUCACAGUUGUUGUUUUAUUGUCUGACAAUAAUGAAAAUUCCAGUAUGUGUCAUUACUAAUGAGGAACGAAACAUGCAUGGUAUUUAUUAUAGUAAUUUAAAAUUAGAUAUAAUGUUCAUUGCUGGUAUAAAAUGUGCUCAUACAGACAAACAAAAACAAAGUGUACUAGGUAAACAAUAUUACAUAUUAGUAUUGUUAUCGCUAGAGUUGCAGUUGUAUCUGAAGGGAUGUAACUACCAGUUGACAGUAGCAUAGAGAACUACUUGAGUAAUGUCCCCUGAAUGCAUAUUGCAUAAAUGCCAAUCUUGUACUUGCAGGCAUUUCGUGCAUUUUGUUUACUGAGUGCGUACAGUUAUGUUAUGAUAAUUAUU